GGCGCCCAGCGGGCCCCAUCCAGCCGGGCGGCCGCAAUGAUUCCCCCUCCCCUUCGCCCCCCCUCCCGAAAGCGAAGUGAGCUGCUGCUGCAGAUAAGGAGGGAGGCCGCCAUUAUCGCAGCACGCCGCGUCAUCCUCUAAUCGAGGCGAGGGGAGAGAGGAGGGAAACGGAAUAAAUCUUCAUCGAGCAGCAGGAAGCGAGAGCGAGGGAUUUAUUUUGUCUUUUUUUUGUCUUCUCUUCCUUUCCGGCGACGGCAGGUGAAUCACUGGCCGGGCGGUGCCGGCCAAGGCUAGGGUUCCGGGGAUCGCGGGCGCGGGCUCGACUUUCGUAGCCUAGCCGCCGGCUGCCGGCGCGCGGGAACCGGAUGCUAUGCUGCUGAGCUGCGGGUCGCUCUCCUCCUGGGUGCGCCGCUUCGUCGCCUGCGUUGGAGCAGAGGUUGUUUUGGUUGUGCCCAGCCUACUCCGAUAAUAGCUGUUGAUGAGCCUGCAAAAGGUUUAAGAAUUCAAGGGCGUUCAGUAAAAAGGCACAAUUUAUCUGACGACUUUUGGAGUUCAAGCCCGCACGAAAUGGAGAACAGUGCCUUGCAAUCCCGACAUAGUAUGUCUUCAAUCAGCACAGCAGCACAACCUAAUGAUCAGCAUGCUUCUGGAAGUAGCAGCUCCCCAAAUGAUUUUGUAAAUCAAGGUCUUCUACUAUGGCACCAGACUAGACAGCAUUGGAUUGGAAAACGAAGGCGUAAUUCUCAGGGUCAACAAAGUCAAGAACCAAAAAUAAGUGGUAAUGCUACAUAUGAGAGCCUUCUGGGAAGCUCGAAACCAUUUCCACAACCGAUCCCUCUUGGUGAAAUGGUGGAUUUCCUCGUGGUCAGCUGGGAGCAGGAAGGCCUAUACGAUUAGAGUUGGUUAUGCGAAGUGUGUUGUUUGUAGCCACGUUAUGAUUCGCUGAAAUGUAACGCAACUUCAUUAUGCUGCGAAAGCCUGUGUCGUGAUGAAUGUGGAUUCACUGGAUUGUCUCGGAGACAGGAUGGCAUCCCGCUUAAGCAAAUGUAAAAAUAUCCUUUGUUUUUUAUUACUAGUAAAUUGUGUUCA